AUGGAGGACAGCGGCGACUACGACCGCGAGAGCAGCGUUGAGGAGCUCACGCAAUCGCAGGAGAGUGAGCCGGUGGUCUCCUCCGCUUCUGCCUUGCCAGACACCUCGUCGUCAACCGGCGCUGUCGUGCCAUCUUUUCAGGUCCUAAGCGCCCCACAGCUUGCGCAGUGGGCUCGCGCGCACAAUCAGAUGGACGUUGGCGGUUCCGGCAACACUGUCUGGACAGUGAGCAGCGCGAAGCACGGCAACGGUGUUCGCCACUUGAUGCAGCACCACGACCUCAACAACUUCUGGCAGUCCGACGGGGUGCUGCCGCACGUGAUUCGCAUCCAGCUCGGCCAGCUUACCCCCAUCGAGGCCAUGGCGGUGUACGUGAACAGCGCUGUCGAUCAGAGCUACUCCCCGCGAGUGAUUCGGGUAAAAGCGGGGACGCACAGCGGCGACAUGACAGAGGUCGCUAAGGUGGACAUCGGCGCCGGUCAGGAGUGCGGCUGGGUGCUGAUAAAGCUCGGCGAGGCGGCAGGAGACACCAGCGAGGAUCUAGGAGGCGGUGAAAACGAUGGUGGUGGUGGUGGUGUGGGGAGGAGCGGCGGCGCGGCGAAGAGGCAGCGCCAGCAAGCCGGCAGCACACGGAGCCGGGGCCCCUGGGGUGCCGCCUCGCCGUCCCCGUCGCCCAUACCGUAUAGCAAGGUAGCCGCAGCUCUGGGGCACAGCAAUCACGCGGCCUCCUCCAGCGCCGGAACGCAAACACCCGCUGCGAUUCAGAUGAUCGCGCACAACACCAGCCACCCCGCCGACCGUUGGCUGUGGUGCACAGUGAUCGAUGUUUGCAUCUGCGAAAAUCAGUUCAAUGGGCGUGACUGCCACCUGCGAGGGAUUCGGCUCAUGGGGCCUCGCUACGAGGAGUUGGAGCGGGUAAGCAACGCAGACGCAGCGGACAUGGUGACGUGCGCAGGGCCGCUGCGAGGUGGCGAACUGCUGGAAGGCACCGCAGAUGAGCUGCAGCUGCGAUAA